AUGAAAGUGACGGAAAGACAGGAUCGCAGAUAUGGGAGGGAGCAGAAAGCAGACGGCGGUAGAUACUACACUGCUCAGGAUUUCCUCGGUGCCUCAACGGCUAGCUAUGAUCUUCUUGGAGGUUUACCAGAUACGCUAUCUAGUCAGUUAAACAUUUCAAGACGCAAGAAAUCCAAAUACGAAAAAUUCACCGAAUCCCUGACAAAUCCAUCCCAAAGUGCUUACUUUACAAUGGGCGUGAGUGCCGAGAUUUUCUGCGCCGUCACGGAGCUGGUUCAGGGAACGUGGCAAAGCAAGAAAACAGGGCGUGGGCGAGACACGCGAAACCUUGAGCACACCUUUAUUGUGGUAAAGAGAGUCGAGGCCAUCAAAAACGAAGGUUUACUAGAGCGUUAUAAAACUACCAAGCGGCAGCACCGCUUACGUCAAACACAGGGCCGCUUAAAACCUUAUUAUUACGUGGAUCCCACAAUGAAAAAGCCCAUGACUGUUGAGACCGAAUCCCCUGUAUUAGAUACACUAAAUGAGGACAUCAAUGAACAGUACCUGUUUCACGGAACAAAGAGUGCAAAUAUACCAUCUAUUUGUGCUAUGGGGCCAGAUUUCAGGAUUGCUCGCAAAGGAAUGUUUGGUCGAGCAAUUUAUUUGUCAGAGAGCGCCACCAAAGCGGAUCAGUACGCAGACGAGAUGGACGGUAGACGAACGGAGGACCUCCAAAUCCUGAUUUGCCGCGUUCUUCUCGGCAAUGCCUACUACUGCGAGGAACAACAGACAUUAAGGAGAUCGCCGUGCGUCUGUGGGGAGAAGAUUUGCCGUGACCAUCACGAAACCUUCGACUCCGUGAUAGGUGAUACCAGGAAGUUAUUCCGGGAAUUCCUCCUAUUCACGGCGGACCAGUGUUACCCGGAAUACAUCGUGACCUAUGACCGCAUUGAUCAAUUCCAGGCUAGAGCCGUGCCUCAACUACCGUUGACGUCACUAUGUCUGAGAGCUGCCGAUCCUUCUCUGUUCAUGGAGGAAGCUUACAAGGACGAUGUCUACCAAAACUGUGGCCUGCCGCGUGGACGCGCUGUCAUCGUCAACAACAUCAAUUUCCAGCACCAUGAGAAGAGAGACGGGUCAGAAAUGGACUGCAAGGCGCUGGUAGAGCUGAUGGAACAGAUGAGUUAUACCGUCAUUGUGCAUAAUGAUCUGACCGCACAGGGAAUCUUUGAUGUGAUGGAAACUGAAAGCAAACAACCUAGCCACUGGACUAGUGAUUCCUUCAUCGUGUUCAUUCUGAGUCACGGUAUGAGUAAUGCAGUGUAUGGGACAGAUGGCUACAGUUUGCCGUACAGUAUGAUGUAUAUGCACUUUACCACCGACAGCUGCCCUGCCCUGGCGGGAAAACCAAAAAUGUUUUUUAUUCAGGCUUGCCAAGGAACAAAGAAAGACAGUAGAGUCGCGGGAGGUUCCGUCCCUCUAACAAUGAGACAAGAUGGCGGCCAGUCUGAUUCUGUGCGGGCGCGUUGCAAUGAAAGCGAGUCCAAAUUUGGUGCUACCAUGUGUGACAUCGCCGUUGCCACGGCAACCACUCCAGACUACGUGUCCUGGAGAAAUAAGGAGAACGGGUCCUGGUUCAUCAACGCCAUUGUCAGAGUGUUCAGUGAGGAGGCGAGGAGUAAACACUUUCUGGAGCUUCUUACUUCGGUGAACAGCUGGGUUGCCAGUAUGAAGACCCAAGGUCAAGGUCAGUACCAGCAGGUGUCCAGCAUGGAAACCAUGUCCUUCACCAAACGGUUUUACUUCUGGCCCCGCCUCUGUAUAGUAAAUGGUGAGCUCCAGGAGCUGGACUAGAUGUGUGACGUCAUGGGAUGGCUUGCUUUAUAUAUAUUCCCGUUUGUUUUGUUUAAUUUUGUGUUGAACUAUUUUGUGCUGUUUAAUUUACUUUAUUUACGUAAUUUAUUUAUUUACUAUUUUUCUUUGAAUUUUUGUCGUUCAUAUAUCGCCACAACAUUACUGAUAAGGGACUGUAGGUAUCGACAAAUGUCUGAUUAAAGAUAAAUAUAUAAAUAAAGAGAGAGUAGUGUGCGCUAACAAAGUACUUGUCCAACAUUAUAGUAGGCGCUCGUGUUAUUUACAACAAGCUAGGCGUCUUUCACGGGUGUUGCAGUGUAUUUCUGGUCAUGGUUUCCUGUUAUUUUUUUAAUUAACUUGAAAACCAAAUUGACCAUUUGUUUAACGUUGAUUGAAUACAUGUGCAAUGGGUAUUUAAUGACUUGUCAUGCUGCGUGCCUUGCUGUCAAAUACAGUAAUAUAACGGGAUUCGAUAUUUAUAUGCUACAAGUAGUUUUUUGCCACAAUAUUUGUGUUAUUUGCUCAAUAUAUGUACUUUUCAAGGGAAAUUGCAGCAACGUGUUUUAGGGUCUAAUGUGUUGUAGGGAGUGUUAGAUGUGAAAGUUACUAUUUACAUGUUUAUUCAGAUUCCUUGCCUCGUUCAUGUGCUGUGAGGAUUAUAUUAAACUAUGGAUGUAGAGCUAAACACUGCUACUAAGAAUGUGCGCCAUUUUCUUAAGAAUAUUUACUUUUAAAUAAUAAUCCUGCUGCUGGAGAAACAGUGACAAUGUUGGGGUAUUUUUAUUUUCUUGUUCCCAGUUCACUUGGAAAAUGAAUAUACAAUUUGAAAAAACGAAAUGAAUUCAAAAACUAGUGUUGCGAUACUAAUUAAGUGUUGUGAAAUCAUCGUUAAUGCAUAUCAAGAUUACGUACAACUCAUGAUCAGUAAAACAGUGAGAAAAUCAUAUUAGCAGCCAGGCGUGAUGAAGUCAGAUUUAUGCGCAUCAGCUGGAUUGUGUCAUUUGUUGCUUUUGAAUAUGAUUCCAAUUUUAAUACGAGGUCAACUACAGGUAUAUUGGUGCAAGUAUUUAGUGUUAUAAUUGAUAAAAAAUGGCAUUUAGAGUAAAUAUUGGUCGCUUCCCUCUUUGCAAAGAAGGAUGAUAUAUAAACAGGUGCCUAAAAUAGCGAUACCACGGAUACACACACACACACACACACACACACACACACACACAAAUGCACA